GGGCGCCCGUUCCCAGCCAGCGCUCUCGCCCGCAGGCCUUACAGCCUGGCCGCCGUGCCCAAGGCGAGGGCGGCCCCGCAGCACUACGUCUUCUCGCCCUUCGGCGUGCUGCACGUGCAGCGGGGGCAGGGGGCCGAGGCGCUGGCGCUGGGCGCGUGGCACCGGGAGGCUGUGCUCUGGGGGUUGCUGCGCAGCAUCCCUGUCUUCCGCCACUGCCUGCUCCGCGCGGCCUUUGCCCGGUGGCGCGCCCGCCUGCUCCAGGCUGUGCCCCACUUCGGCACCGCCCUGCUCCACAUCUCCAGGCUGCUGCAGGAGCUGCGGUCCGUGCAUUGGCUGCCCCAGGACGAUACCCGCAGCUUCAGCUUCCCGGAGCUGCAGCGAGCCCUGGCCCAGGAGAAAAGCCGUGCGCGUGGCCUGCUGGCCCACUGCCUUGCCCUCUGCACCACCAUCCUGGAGCUGGUGCGCAAUGACACGUACAGGAUGGCGCAGGGGCUGCAGGGCGGGACGCAGGUCUGCGGGCACCCCCAGGCUGGGGGGUCCGCGCACCAGCAGCGCCUGCAGAGCGAGGGGAUGCAGCGGUGGCACCGGGCGGCCGAGCGCUGGCUGGGGCAACUGGGCAGCCUGGCCCGGCUCGUCAACCUGCUUGUGGCCCAGAGCCUGGUCUCCAUGGUGCAGGACCAGGUCACCGCUUUCAUCGGCCGCGUCAUGCAGGUGCGGGGGCACUGGCCUGGCUCCCCAUGGCUGGGCCUCUGGGGCUGGCCCUGCCCUGCCCUGACCGCCCCCCUGCCCUCGCAGGCCGACGGCGCCGGGCGCGAAGCCGUGCUGCGGGUGCAGCUGGUCUUCGAUGCCGACAACUGGCUGGUGUCCUUCCCCUCGCGCCAGGCGCUGGAGGACAGCCUGCUGGGUGCGCUGGACGCUGUGCUGGAGUCGGUGCUGGAGGUGUGCCAGACCAGAAAGGAGCUGCCGGGGUCAGUGGCCGAGUCAAGUGCCUCCGAGGCUGGGACGGCCCCAGGCCUGGACCCACUGACCGCGUCCACCCCUGUCCCUGCCCCCAGCCGCAGCAGAGGGGCCACCCCGGUCCCUGCUGCGUGUGGCCGGGGGGGCUCACACUGCCCCCCAUGCGCAGCGCUCUGGGCGGCGGGGAAGGGCAGCAUGGGGACCCCCGUGGAGCUGCUGCCCAGCCUGUGGGACGAGGCGCUGGGCACGCAAGAGCGAGCCCCGAGGCAGCCCCUCGCGGGCCUGGAGGUGACGGGGCGCCGGGCGCGCAGCCACUACCCAGAGCCGGCGUGGGAACAGCUGGAGCAGGACCUGCGCACCGACGGCUGCAUCCAGGCGGCCCGCGCCACCCAGCAGGCCCAGCUGGCGGCGGCGCUGGACGAGACGCAGGAGCUGUGCCGGGAGCACGCCUGGGUGGCCGAGGUGCACGCCUUCGUGCAGGGCUGGAGCCCCGCGGCGCUGGAGGUCAUGCGGGGCCAGGCACCCAGCACCUAUGCUGAGCAUGUGGCCCAGCUCCGCGCCUGGGCCCAGCGCCUGCAGGACUUGCCGCCCGCCGUCGUCACCCGCAACCGCCUCUUCCUGGUGGACUGCAGCAGCCUGCAACAGGAGACGGCACCCCUGGUGGCGUGCAUCACCGCCGAGCUCCAGGCGCUGGCGCUGCACGAGGCCUCGCUGCGCAGCAAGGUCCUCAUCACCGAGCUGAGCACCGUGCUGAAGCUCUACCGCAGCGUUGGCUCCGACAUCCUCACCGUCGCCAAGUGCUCCCACAAGCUGCAGCAGUACCAGGGCCAGAUGGGCGAGCUGCAGGAGCGCGUGGAGUACGUGCGCAGCCUCAACGACGUGAUCCGGCACUGCUUCCGCCCGCUCGCCCCAGACGAGGAGAGCCAGGAGAACGCGCUCCUGGACACGUGGGAGGCCUUCGUCUUCCAGCAGCAGGAGGCCUCGGACUUCAUCACCUUGCGGCGCCUCAGUAUCGUGGACGAGCUGGAAGAGUCGCUGCAGCGGGCGCGGCAGGAGCUGCACGACCUGCUGGCCGCGGCCACCACGGGCCGGUUCCGGGACCCCGCGUCUAACGCCCGCGCCGCUGAGCAGGACCUGCGCACCCUGCUCCUGCGCUUCCAGGCCACGGCUGCCCGCCUGGACGAGCUCUGCCACUCCCAGAAGACCCUCACAGGCACGGCCGUCCUGCCCCGCCGCGUCCGGGCCCCCCAGCCCUGCCUCCCCGGGGCUGCCCCAACAUGGCGGGCAGGGCUCCCAAAUGAGUGCCUGCCCGCCCCCGCAGGGGCCUGCAUGGACCAGGCUUUCGUGGCCACGGGCCAGGACCUGAUGGAGGCCCAUGAGCGCCUCUGGAGGCUGUUCCGCGCCGUCACCGAGCAGCUCAGCGAGUGGCGCUGCCUCGCCUUCGCCAAGUUCAGCGCAGCCCUGGCACUGGAGCGAGCGGGGGAGUGGCAGAGGGAGGCAGCCCGCCUGGAGGAGCGCCUGCCGGACGCGCACCCCGUGCUGCAGGCCUGCGCGCGGGCCGUCAGUGCCUUCCAGCAGGUGCUGCCCCUGCUGCAGGCCCUGGGCAGCCCCCUCCUCACGGUCGCCUGCUGGAGGGAGAUCUUCGCCGGGCACACGAUGGACACGCUGCGCCGGCUGCAGAAGACCUGGGCCGAGAAGCAGCUGCGCGUGGUCAACUUCAUCCUGCGCGUGGCCUACCAGGCGCCCGAGCACGCCCACCGCCCCCGAGAGCCUGCCCGCGUGGACCACGUCCCCAAGGAUAGUGGCACCUUUGUGCUGUCCGGUGAGCAGGGCCAACCAGGGGUGGGAGGGAGGGGGCAAUACCCGCCGGCCCGUGCCACGCCCCCCCCCGCGCCCCCGCCCGAGGCCGCUGGCUUGGUGGGUGCCUGUGGAGAGACGGUGCUGCUGAGACCCCCGCUGCCCUUGCAGGGCCAGAAGCCGGCGCAGUGGCUGCAGGCGCUGGAGCGCGGCAUGAAGGCGGCACUGUUCCAGCUGCUGCAGGGGUGCGUGGUCCAGCGCCUGGCGCUGCGGGCACAGCUGGACGUGCCCUUCGAGCAGCUCCCGGGCCCCACACAGCUUCCCCUGCACCUGCUGGCCGAGCACUGGGGGCGGCUGGCGGGCGCCUUCCCCGCGCAGUGCGUGCUGCUGGCCGAGGAGGCUGUGUGGCGCACCGACGUGGAGGACCAGCUGCUGGGCCCCAGCCCCCGCACCCGCCCCCUUAAGCUGCGGCUGAAGCUGGAGGCGCUGGCGCACUACGCCCGCUCUGCCCGUGCCAGCCAGGCCCAGCGGUCCGGGGGCGCCCAGCUCUGCACUGUGCUUGGGGCAUUGCUCACCACCACCAUGCACCACCGCGACGUGCUGGCACGGCUGCUGGAGCGCCGGGCCGCUUCUCCUGCCGUCUUCGAGUGGGCACAGCUGCUCAAGUACCGCGUGGCCCUACCGCCGGCGCAGGCCCCAGGGCCAGCCUGGGCAGGCGAAGCACCAGGCUGCUGGGCCGAGGUCCUGGACCAGCGCCUGCACUACGACUAUGAGUAUGUGGGGCCCGUGGCCCGACCCGUGGGGGGCCCCCAGCUGGAGCGUGGCUUCCUGGGGCUGCUGCUGGCCCUGGAUGAGUUUCGCUGCGCGGCCGCGCUGGGGGGCCUGGCCCGGGCCCUGGGCCGCCAGCUCGUCACGCUGCCCUGCUCCCGCCAGCUGGGGCUGGACUGCCUGCGCCGCUUCGUGAGCGGGGCUGUGCAGGCGGGCGCCUGGCUGCUCCUGGAGGAGCUGGACCAGCUGGCGCCUGGCGUGCUGGUGGGCUUCGGCCAGCUGACCGCCGACCUGCAGGCCCUGUGCGUGGUGCUGCGCGAGGGGCCGUGCUCUGGUGAGGAGGACGAGGACUGGGAGGAAGAGGUGGAGGAAGAGGAGGAGAAGGAGGACACCAGUGCCGGGGACGCGCCGGCCCUGCCCGAGCUGGGUGUAGACGAAGCGCAGCCCUUCCAGCCCCGCAUCCUGGGCCACAUCCUCUUCGGCGACCGCCUGCUGCGGGUGCGCGAGACGUUUGGGUGCCUGGCCACGCUGCGGCAAGUGCCCGCAACCCCGCGCCUGGCGCUGCGCCCCGUGGCCCUGCUGCCCCCUGACAUGCAGACCGUGGCCGAGCUGGCCUUGCUGGCCGCCGGCUUCCGCGAAGCCUCGCGCUUGGCCCACAAGCUCGCCGCCUUCUUCCGGCUGGAGGGGGAGCUGGGCCCAGGCCCCGGCCCCGGCCGCCUGUCCCUGCUCAAGGGCGUGGUGCAGACGGCCACCAGCAUCCUGCACCCGCCCGUGCCGCCUGGCACCAGCUGCGCUCAGCUGUCUGCGCUGGCGGGGCUGAGCGAGGAGCCGGCGCUGGUGCAGGCGCUGUGCCUCUCGCCACUGCUGGCCGGCCCGGAGGGCCCCCGGCUGGCACAGCUGCGGGAGCUGCUGCGCAGCGUGUUCCCAGUCGCCGGUGCCACGCUGCCCGAGUGCCAGGCACCGGCCCCGGUGAUGCGCGCGGUGCUGGCCGAGCUGCAGGCCGACGGGCUGCAUGCCGACCUUAACCUGGCCAGCGCCGUGGGCCAGCUCCACCAGGCCCUGCAGGGCUCAGCGAGUGUGCUGCUGGUGGGACCCGUGGGCAGCGGCAAGACCACGGCCUGGCGUACCCUGGCCAAGGCGCUGAGCCGGCUGGCCACCAGCGAAGCCCUGGAGGUGCCGUCGGGGGACAGCCGGCUGCACGGCAGGGAGGACGUGGCCCUGCUGCCCGUCAGCGCCACGUGCCUCUGCCCCAAUGCCCUCAGCGCCCCCGAGUUCCUGGGCAGCAUGGACGGCAGCGUCUGGACCGACGGCAUCUUCUCCCGCCUGAUGCAGAGAGCGCGGCACUGCAGCUCCGUGCUGCACGGCCAUGCCCUGCCCUGCCGCCCCACUGCCGGGGGCGUCCCCGAGACGGCCGCGUUCGCCCGCAUCCUGCGAGCCCAGCUGGACCGGCACCUGCCGCCCGAGCACCGGCUGGCCACCAGCGAAGCCCUGGAGGUGCCGUCGGGGGACAGCCGGCUGCACGGCAGGGAGGACGUGGCCCUGCUGCCCGUCAGCGCCACGUGCCUCUGCCCCAAUGCCCUCAGCGCCCCCGAGUUCCUGGGCAGCAUGGACGGCAGCGUCUGGACCGACGGCAUCUUCUCCCGCCUGAUGCAGAGAGCGGUGGCCUCGGGCCUGGCCCCCAGCUCCCAGCAGUGGCUGGUGGUGGACGGGGCGGCCAGCCCCGAGUGGCUGGAGCCCAUCGCGACGCUGCUGGGGCCGGAGCCCGCCCUCGUGCUGCCGAGCGGCCAGCGGAUCCAGGCCCCCGAGGGCGUGAAGCUGCUGCUGGAGCUGCUGCGCGGCCUCGCCGAGGAGCUCUUCCCGCCUACGCUCGCCUUCCUGCAGCGGCACUGCAGCUCCGUGCUGCACGGCCAUGCCCUGCCCUGCCGCCCCACUGCCGGGGGCGUCCCCGAGACGGCCGCGUUCGCCCGCAUCCUGCGAGCCCAGCUGGACCGGCACCUGCCGCCCGAGCAGUCCCCGGGCCAGGCACCCAGCACGGACGAGGUGGCAGGCCCCAGGGACAGCUCCCCCACGCUGGCGCCAUCCUCCUCCUCCUCCUCGAGCCAGCAUCCAGACCAGCUUGUAGCCGCCCAAUGCCACCAGCUGCUCCUCAGCAUCUUCGUGUUUGCCUACAUCUGGGGCUUCGGUGGCCACCUGCACCCCAGGCACUGGGACGCCUUCGACCGCUUCGCCCGCCGGGCGCUGCUCAGCAGCCGCUGCAGCGUGGAGCUGCCCCCAGCAGCCUCCGUCUUCGACAUCUACCCGCAGCCGGAGAGCGGGAGGCUGGAGGUCUUCAACGGGUCGUACCUGUGCCACAGGCCCAAGGGGGUCCCCGCCACCUUCAACCCCCUGCCCCAGCACGAGCGCCUGCUGUACGUGGUGGACGUGCUGCUGGGCGCCCGCCAGCCCGUGCUGCUGGCCGGGGAGCCCGGCGCCGGCAAGUCAGCCUUGGCGGAGCUGCUGGCCCAGCCGCACCAGUCCUGGCAGCGCAUGUCCCUCUCGCCUCCCGUCGGUGCCACCCACCUGCGCCAGCUGCUCCAGACCCGGGUCCCGAGCAGCUCCAGGGCCCCGGGGCUGCGGGCGCCCUCCCUGCACGGCACCAGGGGCCACCUGCUUGUGCUCGAGGACCUGCACGCCGCCGAGCCCGGCCCGGGGGGGGGCAGCUGCGCUGUGCUGGAGACCCUUCGCCAGGCCCUGUCGCACCGGGAGGUCUGCAGCGCGGAGACCCUGGAGCUCCAGCGUCUGCUGCCCGGCCGCUGCCUGGCCACUGUGUCCGCCCCUGCACCAGGCGCGCCCCCCCUCUGCCCGCGCCUGGCCCGGCUCUUCAGCACGCUGGCGCUGCCCACCCUCACCCGGGACGCGCUGGUCACCAUGCACACGCCCGCUCUCCUGGCCUGGCUGGAGAGGCUCCCACAGGUGCCACGGGCCAGCGAGCUGGCCCCUGCCUUGGUGGGCGCCACGGUGGACGCCUACGAGGCCGUGCGGGCGCGCUUCCGGCCUGUGCCUGCCCGCUGCCCCUGCCUCUUCUCCGCCCACCACGUCGACAGGGUGCUCCGGGGCCUGCUGCUCCUGCGGCCCAGCCCCAGCCCGCCCCUGCCCGGCCCCGCAGAUGAGGGGCGGGCGGCACGGCGUGGCUCCACGGGGCUGGCUGCCAGCCCCACGCUGGGCGCGCACACGGUGCUGCGCCUCUGGCUGCACGAGGCCGUGCGCACCUUCUGCGACCCGCUGGCCUCGGCGCCCGAGCAGCGGGAGUGCGCGCAGCUGCUGCUGGACACAGCGCUCGGUGCCUUCUGCGCCCACCGCAGCGACCUGCAAGCUCUCUCCAAUUCCGAGCAGGGCCCUGGUGCCCGCCCCGCAGCCCCCACCGACGAGGAGGACGAGGAGGACGAUGCCCCCAGCGACAGUGACGCGGAGCCCGAUGACACCCCCAAGCCAGAGACCAAGGAACCGGCGGCGAUGCCGCGGCUGCAGGCGCCCUCGCGGCUGCGGGUGGCCUCAUGGCUGGCCUGCCCCUGGCUCCUCCUGCGCUGCCGCAGCACGGAGCCGCUCGUGGCCAGCAGCAUGCGCCGGCACAGUCGGCGCCGGUCCUCGGAGGCCUUGGCCCGCCAGCCCCCAUGCACCCCAGUCCCGGCGUCGCUGAGGGCCCUGGAGACGUCAGUGUCCCGUGUGGCCACUGGUGCGGCCCUGAUCCACGUGUCGGCACGGUGCCACGCCGCAUACCUGGCCCCGCGCCUGCCCCUAGUCACGCCCACCACCUUCCUCGACCUGCUCGAUGCCUUCCUCACCCUGUCGACCCAGCUGCAGACACAGACUCAGGCCCAGGUCGACCGGCUGCGGGCCGUCCUGGACAAGCUGCAGGAGGUGAGCGAGAGGCAGCAGGCGCGUGGCCAGGACGUCCGCAUGCUGCAGGAAAAGCUGCGCAAGGCCAAGGAGAAAGUGGUGCGGUGCCGGCACAGGGCAGAGCAGGAGGAGGCAGUGCGGCGGCAGCAGGAGCAGGACUGCGAGCAGCGCCAGGCACGGCUCGAGGACCUGGCUGCGGAGCACAGCCGGUUGGAGCAGGCUCAGGAGGAGGCCUUGGAAAAGAUGGGUGCGGACUAUGAGGCGGCGCUGGCACGGCUGCAUGUGGGCGAUGUGGAGGAGCUGCGCAGCUACCGGCGGCCCCCAGUGCCCGUGGUGCGGGUGACCGACCUCCUGUGCCGCAUGUUCCAGCAGACGCCCGGCUGGGACAGUGCCCGCCAGCUGCUGGGACGCCCGGACUUUUACCAAGAGCUGCUGUUCUACCCCAAGGACGAGCUGUCGGAGGAGGUGCAGGUGGCACUGGGCCAUGCUGCGGCCGACGCCGCCUUCCUGGGCCCCGUGCUGCGCAGCGCCAGCCGGGCGGCCGCGGCCCUGGGCCAGUGGAUGUGCGCGGUGCAGCGGUACGGCCAGGCCCAGCGUGCCUGGCAGCCUGUGCUGCAGCAGCUGGCCCGCUGCGAGCAGCAGAUACGCGAGGAAGAGGAGCAGCUGAGCACCCGGCGCCUGCAGGCUGAGCGGCUGCGGGAGCGCAGCGCCGCCUGGGCUCUGAAGCUGGAGGAGGUGCUGGAGCAGCAGGAGGCCCUGGCCCAGCAGCUGCGCUGUGCCCAGCAGGACCAGGCUGAGGGCGACUCCGUUGGCUGCACUAUGGCUGCGCACGUGGCACGCUGGCAGGAGGCCACCCAGGCCCUGGAGCAGAUGUGCAGCACAGUGCAGGGGGAUGCACUGCUGUGCGCAGCCGCCGUCUGCUACCUGGGCGCCUUCCCCCCACCGCGGCGCCAGGAGCUGCUGGAGAAGUGGCAGGACCUCCUGGCCGGGCGCCGAGUGCCAUUGGGCCCGGACGACGUGCGUCGGGCGCUGGAGCAGGAGCUGCCCUGCCCCGGCCCCGCGCCCACCGCCUCCGGCCCCCCGCUGCUGCCCGUGCACCCCGGCUUCAGCCUGCUGGCCCUGCUGAGCUGCGAGCGCGAGCAGCACGCCUGGGACCGCGACCGCAAGUCGCGGGACCCGGCCUCGCGCCAGGCCGCUGCGCUCCUCCAUGCCGCUGCCCGUAUCUGCCCCCGCCGCUGGCCUCUGCUGCUCGACCCCGACCAGCAGGCCCUCACCUGGCUCAGCUCCGUUCCCCGGGCCAAGGACGAUGAGGCCUGCGCCAACCCGGACAUGCGGCCAGAAACCACGGAGCCCAGCAGUGCUGCCGCACCCCCGGAGCAGACGCUGCAGGUGCUGUCAGCGAUGGACCCCGGUCUGGAGGAGAGUCUCCGGGCAGCUGCCGGCAGCGGUCUGCCCGUCCUGCUGCUGCACGCAGAGAAGAGCCCAGGCAGCCCCAUCCUCCGGUGCCUGCUGCAGAAGGAGGCGGGCGCAGGCACGGAGCCGGCACCAGGCAAGGCCGUGCAGACGCUGCCCUCCUUCCGCCUCUACCUCAGCACCAGCCUGCCCCUGCACACCCUGGGCCAAGAGAUGGAGCAGGCCCUACUGCCCAGCCUGAAUGUGGUGGACCUGAGCCUGGGUGAGGGGGCACUGGAAGAGCUGCUACUGGAGGAGCUGCUGCUGGUUGAACGCCAUGAGGCCCAGAGCCACUGGCGCCGACUGGAGCUCAGCAUCCUGCAGGUGGAGGACGAGCUGGCAUGCGCCGAGGAGGAGCUGAUACAGCUGAUCUCGGCGCCGGAGCAGGCACUGCUGGAGACGGAGGCGUUCCUCCCCAUGGUGCACCUGCUGGACACGCAGGUGGAGACGCUGCGCUCCAGCCACGAACACCUGUGCUCCCUGCGCCAGGGCCACUGCGCGAUACGUGAGCAGUACCGGCCGGUUGCACGCCUGGGUGCCGCGCUGCACCAAGCCCUGCACCAGGUCUGCCGCCUGCAUCCGCUCUACUGCUGCAGGGCCACCGCCAGCCUGGCUGCUGCCCACCGUGGCCUGCUGGUGACCAGGUGGGGGGGCGCCAGGCAGCAGGAGGCACUGGAGGCCCGGGUGAUGGAGCUGCGCAGGGCCCUGGCACAGGCGCUGCUGACCUACGCCCAGCCUGGCCUGUGGGAGCGCCACGAGCUGCUGCUGGCCCUGCUGGGUGCUGUGGCCCUGCAGCGCCUUGACGGCCACGUCUCCCCACUGGCCUGGCUGGCCUUCUGCCAGGGCCUGCAGGCGCCCACUGCUGCUCGGCUGCUGCCCCUGCCGCCUGGCGCCCCACCAUGCCCACCCGGGGUGGACGCCAAGGCCUGGGAGGAGUGCGGGCGACUGGAGGCACUGCCUGGCUUCCAGGGGCUGCAGGCGGCACUGGCAGGCAAGGCGGCAAUGUGGCAGGAGUACCUGCAUCUGCCCUGCACCAUGGUGGGCCCUGCGCCAGGCCCAGGCCACGCUGGCCUUGGACCCUUCCAGCGUGCCCUGCUGUGGCGCGUGCUGCGCCCAGGCCAGCUCUGCAGCGUGGCUGCCGACCUGGCUGCCUGCCUGAUGGGGCGCCCCAUGGCCGAGGCGGCUGCACACAGUGCUGCCGCCCUGUAUGACCACAGCCAGAGCCAUGUGCCCAUCCUCUUCCUCACACCACUACCCGGUGCCGCAGCCGCCACCACCCACCCGCUGCACUGGAUCCAGCAGAUGGCCCGGCAGCAGCACCGUGAGGGGAAGGUCAUGGUCGUCACGCUGGGGGCACCCAACUGCCUGCAACGCAUGAGCGAGGCCCUGGGCACCUGUGCAAGGAGGGGGCACUGGCUGGUGCUGGACAACUGCCACCUGCAGACACACUGGCCACCUGACAUGCUGGUGCCGCUGCAACGGCUGCUGGGUGUCUCCCAGGAUCCUGCGAAGCCAGCGGCAGCCGCCACAAAAGGGAAAAAGCUCCACCCCAAGUUCCGCCUCUGGCUCAUCGCGGACGCCCGGCUCCCAUGCCCCCUGCCAGGGCCCCUGCGCCAGAGCAUGGUGACCGUGUGCUGCGAGACACCAAUGGACCUGCCAGGUGCCCUGCUGCGCAUCUACAGCCUGGCCCAGGACCAGCAGGCCUGGCGGGUGCAGCCCGAGCGGGGGCUGCCACUGCUGGCCCUGCAUGCCGCCCUCCUGCACCGCCAGCACUACGGGCACAGGGCCCAGGCUGCCCACUACCUCUGGACUGAGGCUGAGCUGUUUGCCGGGCUGCGGGCACAGGAGCGGCUUUCGCAGGUGGUGUCCAACCCGGAGGAGGCCCUGCAAGAGCUGGCAGGCUCUAUUUUCUAUGGGGGCCACAUCCUGGAUGCAGGGGACGCAGCAGUCGUGCAGACCCUGAGCCAGCAGUGCCUGAGCCAAGACCCCCACUUGCCAGCCGCCCGUGGGGUCCAGAGCCUCUGCGCUGCCCUUGCCGGCCCCACAGCCCUGGGCGGCUCCUCGGAGGCACAGCCGGAAGAGCCCCAGGCACAGAUGCAGCAGCUUGUGGGUGCGGCUGCCCCGGCACUGUGCGGGUUGCCAGAUGGGCUGCAGGAGCAGGAGCUGGAGCGCCGCAGCCAUGCCCUGCUCGCUGACCUGCUGCGGUCACAGGCCCUGUGGCUGCCGCACCCACGCCUGCCCCCGCCCAGGCAGCAUGAGUCACUGGGGCCACUGGUGCAGCAGGGCCUGGAGAUGGUGCAGGAGCUGGAGGCGGCGCUGCAGCAAUGCCGGCCCUGUGGCCCUCAGUGCCCACCACCUCGGCCCCUGCUGCGGUUCCUGCUGGACGAGGCUGGGAACCUGGCGGCCCUGCUGCACCAGGUGGGUGUGGACCUGCGCUGCACGCAGCAGCAGCUGCAAGGGAUGCUCUGCACAGCCCCCCGCUGUGCCACAGUGCUGCAGGCCCUGGGCCGCGACCGCCUGCCCCACGUGUGGCUGUGCCACACGCCCACUGGGCCCCAGCGCCCCGGCGCCUGGCUGGAGACACUGCGGAGCCGCGGGCAGUUGCUGUGCAGCUACCUGGGGGCGGGCACGGGUCCGCCAGCCCCACUCUACCACCUGGCCGCCUUCCAGCACCCCCGGCGCCUGCUGCUGGCUCUGCUCCAGGAGACCGCACGGGCAGAGAACCAGAGCCUGGAGCAGCUCUGUCUCAGCCCUCAGGUGCUACAAUCCAGUGUUUCACACCCCAGCCACAGCCACAGGUCUGGGCUCCUGCUGGGUGGUCUGGAGCUGCGCAAUGCACGGUGGAAUAAGGACAUGGCCCGGCUUCAGGCCGUGCACAGCACCCAGCCCUGCCCACUGCCCCUCGUAUGGGUGCAAGCCUUGCGCAAGGCGAGCCAGUUGCCAGGGGCUGGCGCCUUCCUGCCUCGGCACCGCUGCCCCAUCUAUGUGGGGCUGGCCCAGCAGCCCACAUGUCUGAAGAGCCACCGGGCUGUGCUGCACCUGGAACUGCCCUGUGCCAUGCCACCCGCUCUGUGCACGCAGCACCGCUUGCAUAUCGUCAGCCUGCUGCCCUGAGACACCCUGCGCAGGCUGCU